UCAGUCGCCUUUCUCGUUCCCGUUGGUCAGUACGUGGCUGCCUCGCCCCACCGCCUGGCCCCGCCACUCACCACGCCACGUCGCUCACACGGAGCCGUGAGUCUCGCCUAGCAAGCGUACAUCUAACCAGUGCUCAGCAGCGGGACGGCUGAGGAGUGGCGGCAUCAGAUGCAGCAAUGUAACAGCCCUUGGAGGCGCGGCGCGAGUAGUGGAGUGUGCAGCCAGGCAGCACACUACCCCUGGUGACGAUGGUGCUGCACUGCGAGGGCAGGAUGUCGCCUCUGGGCCAUGACAGGAUGGACUGCAUCCCGGCCCCUCACCACUUACCACCCCCCAUGGACGACUACUUGCCCCAUGUGUCCCCCACGCCGUUCAUCCACGUGGUACGGUGGAGCAAGCUGUGGGGCUGCCUGCCCAUCGCGUACAACAAGUCAGGCCCACUCGUGGUGCCUCAGCCCCUUCCUCACCUUCUGGGUGGGUGUGCAUGUGAUCGGUGUCAACCUGCCGACCUUCUACGACUGCAAUCAAGGCCUCGCUGGGCUCAGACGGCCUCAUGCUGUACGUGAUGGUGAUGAUCGUGUGCGUGAUGAGCGUGUCCGGCCGUUGUCCAUGCACGUGCUGGGGCCUCGUCUAUUACGGCCAGUGGAUAGACUUUCUUAACAACUGGAAUGACGGUUCGAAAGGGCAAGUUCCCCACACUGACGGUGGGCGUGCGUUCCCUGCGUGUCUCGUACCCGCUCCUUCAUCGGCUUCUUCCUCUACGUCCUGUUCUUUGUGGGUAAACAUUCUGAACGAGCUUCGCUUCAACCUGAUCAACAACGACGGCGUGUGGCGCAUGCUGUCCCUGGUGUACGUGUACGUCAUCUAUAGCUUCACGCUCUCCAUGCCUGUGCUGUGGGUGGUCAUGGCCUCCAAGGUAUUCGUGGUGUGUCUCUGCCACAUCAGGCACGAGCUGGAAUCCAUUGUAGAGUGCGUUAAGUACGGCGUCCGCUGCACCAACUCGCCCAUCCAGAAGUGCAUCGCCACGGGAGACAUGAACCGCAUGCAGGAGGCCGUGCUGGACCUGGCGCGCCUUAUCGAGAGCUUCAAGGUCAUCAUGGGACCCUUCAUGCUGAUCAUCGUGCCCCACCACAUCAUCUCCCUCAUCUGCUUCCUCUACUGGACUCUCGUCUCCACCCUUGACUACUCUGACUGGUACUCUCCCCUCAGCUUCAGCCUCCUCUCCGCCCAGGCCAUCAUCCCCAUCUUCUGCGCCGCUAUCUACAGUGAGGACGUCCACACGCAGAAGGAGUCCCUGAUUGAGCCCCUGAUCAUCCUGAAGAGCACCAUGGCGGACGAGACGGCCAAGCACAAGAUGGCCACCUUAAUUGACCACCUGGACAGACUGGACGCACAGGUGGAGGGGCGCGGCUUCUUCACCUUAAACAAGAGCAUGGCAACCUCGGUGGUGAACACGGUGGUCACGUAUCUGGUGGUGCUAAUCCAGUUCUACGGAGGCGGCAGGAAGCGAUAAAUACUCGCUAAGAAAUCACUGCUGACCACUUCUACCCUCCACACACACACACACACACACGCCUUCCUUUCAGUACAUACAUAAAUCCGAAGGCAUUUUUCAUAUCCACUCUUUCCUCCAAGAGCCUAAGGAUGAGUUUAUAAGGAGAAGAGUUUUCGGUGUAUUGUUUGAAUGUGAACAUCUUCCUCCAAUAUGAUCAUACAAAGGUCUGGCCUUGAAAUAACCAGGAAUGUUUGCAGCUGGCGACGCCACCGCCUCACGCCAACAGUCUGUUCAGCUAAUUCACUCUACAUAAACACUAAUUAUUACAAAUUGUGAUUAUUACGCAAGGUAUACAAUCAUGCUUUACGAACUGCCUGUAUGCAUUCGUGAUUGAUCCACCAGUGAUGGUAUGCAUUCGUGAUUGAUCCACCAGUGACGGGUUACCCAACAACAGUCACGUUACUUGCACGAGGCGUACAUGUGAACCUAGGUUGCCCAUGUUUGUCGCUAUUAACACAACUCGCUACCUUAAUUUACUUCUUGACUGUGGAACAAAUGAUGAGGUGAUCAACUUCUCAAUGCAGUUGUUGAAAUAUCCUGACAUUGCUUUCCCUUCAUCCUCUUCGCACCUGACAGCCGACCAACGGAACCCAGCCACAGCUCACGCCCGCGGUGGCAACGUAUUAAUAUUUUUCCUCUUAUUCUUCUCUGGUGUUCGUAAACGUAUAAAGUACAUGUAAUACUGUUCCUACAACGGAGCUAUGUAUGUACAAAUGUCAACAACAACAAAUGUCCCAACAUGCACAAAUUUAUGUUAAGAUCUUCGCUCGUUCUAUAGUACUAGUAUAAUUGUCUUCGCACAGUCGCUUCAUCAUCUACUGUCGUGUCGUGACAAGUGCAUCAAUGCAUAAGUUGUGCAAAAUGUUGCCUUCGUAAUAUGUUUCUUGUAUUAUAGAUGAUAAUAUAAUCAAACAUUCAAAAUAAG